AUGCUACCUCCAACAUUGGCGUCAAUUCCAGAAGUUAAAGAAGAAUACCCGGGAUCUUGUUUAAUUGAAAGAACCGCCAGAUUACCUCAAUUUAUUGAAUUAGGUCCACCUGAUUUAUGUAAUAUUCAUAAAUAUUCAGCUAAUGCUAAACGUGAAAAUGAAAUUGGAACUUUUUUAUAUUUCACCGGUGUUGAUACCUCCAAUACUGCUUCUAUUGCAGCACAUCUACAGAAUAUUGCUAAUUUAAUGACCAAUAAACUGCAAUAUUGGUUUGGCGAAAAGAAACACUGGAAAGUUCCUGAAUUGACUUAUUGUAGUUUUAAUGCUUUUUCUAAAGUUGACAUGCGUGUUACUGUCCAUAUUCCUGGUAAAUUUGACGUGCAAGUUAUUAAUCAAGAAGGUAAGUUGAUUCAUGAGAAAUUAAGUACCGAUGAAUUGGAAAAGUUGUGGAUGGAAACUUUUCUUACAUCAAUUGUUCGUUCUGUUUUGGAAAGUGAAGAUGGUGACGAUGUCAAUAAAGUUGGUGGAUUAGUAGAAGUUAGAAAAAUUAAUCCUUUUAAUAAUGGAAUUGCCUCCAAGGAACUAUUGAAUAACUUUUUGAAUAGCUUUGAAGAAUUAUUCUUUGAAGGUGGGAAAUUGGGAUGUAGUGUUGAGAUUCCUCAACCUACUACCAUUAAUAACUAUUUGGUUGAUGGUUUUAUUAAAAUUAUCCAGUUAACCCAAAGUUAUGAUCGUGGGAUUGAAAUUUUACAAAGAUUGCACAAGGUAGAAACUGGCGUCAUAUCUUUGAUUGCUAGAUUGCAAUUGUUGAAACAAGAUGAAAUUGGAGCCGUAAAGACAAUGAACCAAGGUAUUCUGGAAAACAAAAGAGACUCCGACUUGUUGGUUUUACAAUCUGAAUUUUGUUUAGAUAAAAAGAAACCAGAUCUUGCACUUGAAUUGGCAAAACAAGCGGUAAAAUCAUCACCUUCCGAUUUCAAAACUUGGGCUAUUUUGGUUAAAGUAUACACCAAAUUGGGUGAUUUCGAAAAUGCCUUGUUGACAUUGAAUUCCUGUCCAAUGAAUUCACACAAGGAAAAAUACCAUUUGAAAAGAGUCGUACCAAUCAGAUCAAAUGAUGAUUUGCACUUGCCAUCACCAAUGGAUGUGACUUUGGAUGAAGUAUCUAAUGUUCAAAGUAAUGAUGUUGGAUUUGAACAAAGAAAUUUGGAUCCUUCACUUGCUAGUUUACCGGCGGCUAAUUUAAAGUCUACUUUUGCAAAAGCUUAUGAUUUAUUAACUGAAAUUGUUGUCAAGACCGGAUGGGAAGUUUUAUUGAAGUACCGUGCCAAGGUUUUUGUGAUGGAAGAAGAAUACCGUAAGGAUAGACAAUCUUCUUCUAAUGGAUUCCACUCAAGAAAAAACUCCACCACAUCAACAAGUACAGCAAAUGGUACUGAAGGUGGUAGCGAGGUUGAUGCCUCUUCCACCGUCGGAAUAAAAUCACCAGGUAAAGGAAGCAGUACUGCUGAUGUAGCUUCAUAUGAUGAUGAAUUCAGAAAAAAGAGAUUAUGUGAAAGAUGGUUGGACAAUUUGUUUAUGUUGUUGUAUGAAGAUUUGCGCGUCUAUACCAUGUGGCAAGCUGAAUCAUUACACUUCCAAGCCCAACAAAUGGAAUACAAGAAGACUACAUUGGAAUGGGAAAUCUUGGGGUCAAUUGCUUUUAGAUUGAAACAUUUCAAAGAAGGGUCUGUUGCCUUUGCCAAUGCCUUGAGUGGUAGGUUUUCUGCUAAAUCUCAAUUGGAAUUGUUGAGAUACUAUGUUAUGGAACGUUCCAAGUUAUUAACAAAGAACUCCACCAACCAAAGUUCAGCUUUCAUUCAUAGUUAUACCAAGAUGAUGAAUCAAUUGAAUGAAAAGAUUUUGGAAAGUAUAAUCAAAUUGUUGGUAUGGAAUCAUAGAUGGUAUUCUGAUUUUUCUUCCUUUUUGUUGUUAGCUCUUAGUGAUCUUGUUUCAUGGGAAGGUUCAGUUAAGAUUACAUCAUCUGUUACUGCACUUUAUAGUGAAACCAAACCAGUUUCUGCUAGUAAUACAGAUCAUGUGGGUAAUCGUGGUGUAAUCGAGAUGAUGAGAGAUUUGGAUGACGAUUACAUAAAGUUAUACAAUCUUCAUAAUGCUGAUGAAUAG